ACACGCCCAUCCACUUUUGUUACGCUUCCGCAAACUUAUUUUUUUCCCCUUUUUCUUUCUUCUCACAGUUGUCCCUGACUGACUUUUACUCAAAGCUCUUUGGCAAAACAAUAUAUUUUCCUUUUGGAAGAUGAGUGAUAUAAAGAUCAACGAGUCAAGACAAGUGGAAGAUAACGCAGAGGAGAAAGAGGAGGAGAAAGACUGGGCGGCUGCCAAAUCGUUUUUUGAAAACCUCAAAACGAACAAACCGAGACCGCCUAAACCCAAAAAUGCUGUCACCAUCGCUGUGUCCUCCCGAACCCUCUUCAACAUGGUGGCGGAGAGGCUCAUCUACGAAACGGAAGGAGUUGAAAGCUACGUUGCCUAUCAGGUGGAACACGAGAAUGAGCCUUUGAAGCCGGGAGCUGCUUUCCCAUUUGUCAAGGCUUUGAUGACGGUCAACUCUCGGUUGAGAGAGCUCUACCCAGACGGCGAGGAGUUGUUCGACAUUGUCCUCAUGACUAACAACCACGCUCAAGUCGGAGUGCGCCUCAUCAACAGCAUCAAUCACUACGACUUGACCAUCGAGAGAUUUUGUAUGACCGGAGGGAAAAGUCCGAUAGGCUACCUGAAAGCUUACAUGACCAAUCUGUAUCUCUCCAAGGAUGCUGAGAAGGUCACAGAGGCCAUUGAUGAAGGCAUCGCAGCGGCAACAAUGUUCACGCCCGAUACGGAGAACGACCUGUGCGACAAUCAGCUGAGGGUGGCUUUCGAUGGCGACGCCGUCCUUUUCUCAGAUGAGUCGGAGAUCAUCGUCAAGCAAAGCGGCUUGGACAGCUUUUUUGCGCACGAGAAGAAAUUUGAGAAUAAACCACUUGCUCAGGGUCCCUUGAAGUGCUUCCUGGAGGCUUUGGGGAAACUCCAAAGAAAAUUCUACGCCAAAAACGAGCGUUUGGAUUGCCCCAUAAGAACCUUCCUCGUCACAGCCCGGAGCGCCGCCAGCUCAGGAGCUCGGGUGCUGAAGACCCUCCGCAGUUGGGGCCUGGAGAUUGACGAGGCUCUUUUCCUGGCCGGAGCCCCUAAAGGGCCCCUGCUGCAAAAGAUAAAACCGCACAUCUACUUUGACGACCAGAUGUUCCAUAUCGAGGGCGCUAAGGAACUGGGCACUAUCUCCGCUCAUGUCCCCUAUGGGAUCGGACAGAAGUACCACAAGGGUAAACUCAUCGAGCAGCCAAAAAAGGAAUGAAGCAGCUAAUGUACCAAAGGUGACAUGUUGAACUUGUACUACACUGUUAAAUGCUCAUCAAAAGGAUAUUUUGUGUAAUAUCACGUUGUGUUACAUUUUUAUAGUUUGCUGGAGACUCAGUAUGAUAAGGAAUAAGGCUUUUAUAUUUUAUAGUUUUUAAUUAAAAUAACUCUUGGAAGUAUAUUGCUGUGUAUUUUAGAGCUGCAACAGUCAACUUAGACUGUGUCACAUAUACUGAGUCACGCUAAAAAAGUCAACUUAUUUUGUUACUUUUAGCUGCUGUAUUCAUCUUGAAUUGAGGCGCGCAACAGUUAAAACGUUGUUGAAAUGGAAUGAUGAAACUGAUUUCGUCUGUUCUCGUUACUGCCUUAGCUGUAUAAGCACACUCAUAACUGUUACAGUCAGACUCCGUGAGUUGUUUACACCUUUUCACUCGUCUAACAAUUAAUUAAUAAUGUUUUUUUUUUGUGUGUGUGCGUGUAUGAGUUAUUUCAAGAAUAGGACUCAUGAUGUGAUAUCAAAACAUUUAACAGUUACUUCCUUAUGCACUUGGGUAGACUUUUGGGGCUGUAUUUACUUUUUGUGAAAUGUUUGAAAUAAAUGUCUCAUUUACUCA